CUAUGCAGGAUGUCGUUUUUGUCAAACAGCGACCCCUAGAGUCGCUGGGGAGAACUUGCAACUGUCGUAAUUUCGCACCCUCACUCUGUACGUACCUGUAAGGAUAGUGUUGGGCGUGAAUAUGCAGAGAUGGACUCCGAAGAUAAUGACCAGGUAAUGUUUCACAAUUUCAUACAAAUAUUAGGCUACUGCAUGUCUACUAAACUACAGAUGAUGGUAAUAGGAUAAUAAGAAGUUUAUUCCAAGUGUAGAGUAGGCAUAUAAUAAUAAAGUAGCCUACCGCGUUUGCUGGCUUAUUACGUUUUUACAAAAUUGCAGCUUAAUCACAAGUAAACAGUCUAUAGUCUGACGUAAUGUCUACUUUAUAAUUUCAUUUGUUUUUUAAUUGUAAUGUAAACAUUACAAAAUGCAUUGACAAAGUUAAUUGUGUACGUUGCAUUUUUUCAUAACAUUGGCCGUUAUGUCAUACUUGAUUAUUGCUAUUUAUCAUCAUAGUUUGCUAUCUGUGCAUGUUUACACUAUUUACAACCUCUAGGCAUAUUUAUGUACUGAUAAUUAUAAUCGCAGGAAUCCGCGUCGUCAGCCUCGUCUGAUGUCCCUCAGGCGAUUGGGGUCAAAUCGAAGCAAUAUAAACCUCCGCGGAGGAGGCCAUCGAAAGGGGCGAAGGGUGCAAAAAUUCUCGACCCUGAGGAGCAGUCGAGGCUGCAGGAGCUGCGGUCAAGACGUGCAGCUGAAAUGAAGGUAAAACUGCAAUCGCUUGAGUAUGACCAGAAGGACAAGCUGUUGAAUACUAUACUCACAAGAUUGCCAGGUCUCAUGUUCGAUGUCAUGGCCAUGUUUGAGAUACCACAUAGCCCUGACCCUGUCGGAGAUGUCCUGCAUUGGUGCACUUGCACCAAUUGUAGAGAAAUGACCACAGACCUGGAAAGGCUUUGUUGUAAGCAGACACCAGCUAAUUGCAUAAGCAACUCGGCACAUAUGGAGUUCUAUGUGUUGGAUGAGGGUGUGUUACGGCUGGCCCGUGCGGCCUGGAAUGACAUUUUUGCGGUUGAUGACAGCCAGGAGCCGGGUGUUGAACAGCGUCAGUAUAGACAUGCUGCCUACAGACAGUAUGUGCUGUGGCAGCAUGGCCGCCUGGGUGUGGGCAACAGAGUUGUCAUACCCAGCUGUUGCGUAUGGAAGGUCCGAAUCAAAUUCCCUGACCCAAGAGGCCAAUACACUGGAUUCCGGGUGCGCCGGCUUGAAUAGUUUUUUUUAUUAUCCAUUUGUAAAUAGUUAUAUAGGUAUUUCUAAACAGCGUGUUAUUUUAGAAACAUUUGGGAAUUGUAUGUUUGGUUCUCUGUUACCUCAGCAUUUGUGCACUUUACUUUUAUUUAUUUUAACUUAUUUUGUUUUUGCAUAUAAAUAAAGAAUUUUUUGAAAAGUUCAA